AUGGUUGGAAAGCUAUUAUUGUUAAAAAUUUUACACCACCGACGACGUAAUGCAAAAAAAGAACCCGUAAUUAGUCAAGACUCAAGGGAAUACACGGAGAUAAAAAAAGAAAGUGAGCUAAAAUGUAGAGUAUGCCUCAAAGAUGGUAAUAUUCCUAUAUUCGGAAACCUUUUGUCUGACGAUGUUUCAGAGAACUUACGAACAUUUGCGGAUGUAGAAAUUGAUCCUGACGAUAGGUUUCCUAAGUUUCUAUGCUACAAAUGUCAUUCCCAACUACAAAGCGCUGUACAAUUUCGGAGAGCCGCACAACAAGCUGCCAAAAUACUACGAGAAUCUCCUCUACACCCCAAUGAUGAUAUUAACGACGAUAAUUUCACCUACGAGUCUGACUUAAAUGAGGAACAAACUAAAACGUCUGCACAAAAUUAUAUUUGUGGAAGAUGCAACAAAUCUUUUGUUACUUUCGAAGAGUACUCAGAACACAUAUCUGCAUUUCAUGAAAACGCUCAACGAGUGUGCCCCAUUUGCAAUAAGACUUACAAAGAAAUAUAUUUCAAAAGGCAUCUAUCUAUGCAUAACAAAACACAGUUUAUUUGUGAUAUCUGCGGUAAACAUUCAUUUUUUAAAGGAGAAUUUACGAAACAUAGGCUAACACACUCUUAUCACCUACCCUAUAAAUGUAGUCUAUGCCCCUACAGGGGUAGGUUCACAGAGUCGCUAAAACUCCAUAUGCGGACUCACACAGGAGAUAAACCAUAUCAAUGCACACAAUGUUCAUCUCGUUUUGUUACUAAAAGUAAUUUAAAUAAACAUAGUUUAACCCAUAGGGAUAGUUAUGAAUUCAAAUGUGAAUCUUGUGGAAAGGGAUUUCAUUUGAAAAAAACUUAUGAAUUGCAUUUUAAAGUAGACCACGCAGGCAUCAAGGAACAUAUCUGUAAUAUAUGUAACAAAGCAUUUGGUUAUCGCAAGCAAAUGAUGAAGCAUCAGUUGAAAGUACACAAGAGAGAAAAGUUAAGAAGCGGAAGAAUGCCUAUAUAUUUACAAGUACAAGAAAUGCAGAAGGAGCAGGAGUCAAUGCUACCGCAGGACUUGCAAAUGGAACAUGUCAUGAAUGGUUAA